GGAGAUCUGCAGGCAGCUGAGCCCUCAACCAUGGUACUGACCACAUGAUACAACAUAGCUGUUCUCAGCCCGGCUCCCCAAGUCGGCUUUCUGACUUUCGCUUCAAGCCAUCACGGGUCUCAUAUCGACCUCCCAUGACAUCAUGAAUGGGUGACCACUGACCAGCCAUGCCGCAUUACCCUCCCCUACGGCCUACCGCCCCAUAUGCACUACGCAUACACCUUCAUCAACGCCGAACUCGCCCUCAACUCAUGCUUUACACCGCCCAUUGACCAUAGGUGGCUAAGUUACAAUAGCAUACUCUGCGCCAACACCGGUGCGAGCCUUGCAGAACGUGAGCAAAGUCUGCAAACGAUCAUGGAGGCCCUAGAAUAGUGCUUCGAUAUGCAGAAGAACGUUAUCUUGGUCUCGUGGGCUCUAGUGCAGACAAUUUUCGUGAAGAGAGCAUGUGCGGAGGAGCCGAUUGAUUAUCUAGCGGCCACGAGGAGUGCCGAGCUUAACUGUACGUUACUGCGCUUUGAGUAUAUAGAUUGCCUAAAAGGCUACGGCGUUAGCUGGGGCGCUUGAUCCGAUGGAUGUCUGAAGAAACAGUUCGAGGAUCUGGUUGCUUGACUUGCUGUUUAAAUCUUGCGCAGCGACGUAAGGAAGAAGAGUGUUACGAAGGUGAUGC